CAACUUUUGAUGGUUCGAGAGCGAGCCUCCGGAUUCCGUGAUUGUGAAUCGCUGAAAUGUAUUUAGACUUCCGUAGCGAUUUGACUCAAGUUGUGUUGUCGGUGUUUGUAACAAUCGCACUCCAUCACUUCGCAGCGGCCGCCUUUUCGCAAAGAAUAAUUCCAGCAAGGCCAAGCAUGUUCCGCAGUCGCGAAGGUCUUCGCAUUGUUCUCUUCUGUGCGCAGUUGCUUCUGUGCUCAUGUAUGCCCGCGGACGAUGAAGCAGCACCUUUUUCAGAUCCACCGCCACCUCCGGUACCCGACUCCGACCUGAAUCCGGACGAUCUCGACUCGGUCCCGGAUCCGGACCCUGGAAUGAAGAGCGACAUUGUCCAGGCUGGAAGGAUUCGCCGGGAAAUCCUCGAACCCGUAGAAGAACAACUCCGCGACGUGUUGCUUUUACGGGUGGAUGACAGCUACCAAGUGGACGACGAAUUUGCUAAACCGCUUGCGCAAGUCGAGCAGGAUGAACAAGUCGAGCAAGGUGAGCAAGUCAAGCAAGUUAAGCAAGUCGAGCAAGGUGAGCAAGUCGAGGAAGUUGAGCAAGCAAGGGACUACGUCGAGGCAAGUCGAGCAGAAGCUAUCAGCAAAUUCCUAGACCAAUACGACCAAUACACGAAGACCAACGAGGAGUACUCCAAAAAAGCAAAGGAGGACAAACCGGACAAGGGGUUGCAGAACGGCAAAGACCGUCUCCGGUUCCUAUUGAAGCGCACUCUGGAUUUCGAACUCCCCGGCAUCGUGAGUGACUUUAACCAACCGGAGUACCUCCUGAGCAGCAGCAGCAUCGACGCACUGGUGACAGCGCAGAAGAAGAUCACGGGCGACACAGACCUUCAUCUUCUAAAGAAAAAAAUAUCUGGGCGGGCACAGUCAGCGAACAAAAAUUUGUAUGAUUUCUUUAUUUCUUUCUUUCUGUUCUUGCCCGGGCAUGGCUUCAAUUGUUUCAAGGCCCUGCAGUCCAGCUCAGUUUCACGAUCUCCAUCACUUCUCGUGGAUGUGGAUCACUAUGAGAUGACAAAACUACAACAGCAAUUUCUGCAUCUAUGGAAAAACGCAUUCUACUACAGAAACAGGUUUGUAAUAAAAAACGAAUAAAGGUAUAAAUUCUUCGAUGGCCUGCUCGCGGGGCUCGUUUCUGUUUCUCAGAAACACGAUAUGGAACCGGAAGAACUCGAAAACUUGCGUGACAUCUUCCAGAAGUAUAUGAAAUCCAUGGCGAAGUUCCUCCGCAUUAAAUUUCGGGAAGCUGUCCGACAAAACCUACACGACGGUGCAGACAUCAGUGAACUCAACACGGAAUGGGGCGCCGAAACCAAGGACCUCACCGAAAUAACAAUAGAAGUGAGCGCGAUUCAGAUCACGGGUCCCGAAAGUUUCCCCAUCUCAGCAGCUGAUGGGCAGGUCACUGGGCAUGACGGCACUGGUGCAAAUCGGGUCGCGGCGGUCAUCGACGGCGCCGGUGGAUCCAGUAGCAGUACAUCCACGUCAGAAGCAAGGCAGCACAUCCCAGAAACAAUUGCGCAGCACCCUGUUCCGGAACAACAAAACGCAUGGCGGGAUGGCAAAGAGCGCGCCGAACUUCCCUUCAUGGCCAAGGCGAACGAUCGCAACGGUCCAGACACGGAAAAAACUGAAAAACGCGUCGUCCAGAAGGACUACACGCAAAAAACCCAAGAAGUCGCUUCUUCCGUGGACACAUCAAAAGCUGAGACCACAAACCGGCUCCGCAGCCAAGAGCAGCAAAUCCAUGCUCCGUUCGGCUUGUUCUGGAACUACGCCCAAGAAUUGAAAACCCUCGGGACGGGCUUCAUUCACCACCUGACGCAGAAAUUUUUAAGCCAGUGCGAAUCUGUCGUCUCGAUGUCGGUUUGCAUUGCGUUCGACGCAUGGGGUGUUUGAAAUUGUGAUGCUGGAUGAAGUACUUAUGCGUCUGAGGAUGGACCAGUAGUUUUUGUCAUGCAAAAAAAUUGUCCGGCUUCUCGUGUCAAGCAUUGCAUGCCGACGUCGAAGCUUCCGAUCUUGCGCAGCAUAUCUCCCCGCUCCGAUCAACUCGUACCCGACGUUCGCUGCGGUGCUGGCGAUUGUCUGUACUACACAGUACUGGUCAUUUUCUUUUUCAUUUUGUUCUGCAUGACAAAAAAUCUUCUCCAUGCGAACUCGUGCAUGACAAACAAUUUAAAAGCCUACUCAGGUACCGUCGGCUGCGUACUCGUGAUCCUGAUCCUGUGCUCAAAGUUGCUGUCUUUGUGCUGCGCGUUCCAACAGCGAGACGGUUCCACGAAAAAGCGGCUCAAGCGAGCGCAAGAACGGAUCAAGGAUGCCGCGAAUACGAGCAUUGGUGGGGAGGCGGAGGAUGGAAUCAGUGCGAGAAUGCACAUCGGUAUCACUCUACGAAUGGUGAACAAUGGAUGAAUCGCAAUAAUUAGAUAUAGUAGGUUACUGCCGUCGUGAGCUGUGUGACAAUGUUUGCUACGCGUAAGAACUUGUGAUGCGGUCAAUCUCUUCCUCGCGCAUCAUGAAAAGCAGUGCAGCUGCAUGUUGUAGUUCUACUUCGACACGACACUUUCCGAGGUAAAAACAACUCGUCGAGUACGAAGAAUUACGGGACACUGGAGAAGGACGAGGAGAUGGGACUGGGGGAAAGCGACGAGUGCGAAAGCUCCCGAGGUGACGAUGAAGACUCGGAGUCUGCCGGAGUGGACCAAACGAGUUCGACUUUACCAUCUGUGAAUAUGUCUGGGUCUGAAAGAUUGCAGAUGGGUGGCAUGCUAUUUUUACGGAUCGAGCAGGUGCAGGACCAGGAGGAAUUCAGGUAUGUAAACCCUAGCAAAGCUGGUUUUGCAAAAUGACUAGGUUUCUCAAUGGCUAAUGACCCGCAUGACAAGUCUCGUCUUUUGGUUUCAGCAGAGAGGGGGCAGCUUGCGCUGGCCAAGCAUCACCGCCCUUUGCGUGAUCGUCUGAAAUUAUCAUGCGUCACAAGCUUGCACCUUUGCCGACCCAGACGUAUUUGUACCGCAUAAAAAUCGAACAAAGACGACAACUCGGGGGAAGGCCGUUAUCCGUUGGGUAUUUCAAAUUCUGACCCAAGCCAAAUAUAACGCAGCUCCCUCACGAACGCGUACAACGCGAGUCGUAUUUUUCAAUCUGCAUAAUGUUAAUGCAAGUAUGCCUCGUAAUAUUAUCGAUGGGGCUGAAGAGAGUGGGUGGAAGAAUGGGACGUACAUUUGUUUCCAAAUGGAAGCUUGUGGCGUGAUAGGAGAUUUGGCUUGUGUCAGGGUGAGAAAUCCUUUCGCUGGGAUAAUGCGGACGGGGAGAUUGCGGGGUCGAACGUGUAGAGGUUCUUUCUGUCUGCAAGAAAUUUUAGUUUUACGCUACAAAGUAGAGAAACCAAAAUAAAAUGAAAGAAGACGAAGAAGAAUAAGACUUCAAGUGACUCAUGCACCGAGACGAGUGCAGGGCGGUCAGUCUCAGUGACCACGACAACUUCCUUCACAUUUAGAAUUGCAGAUGCAGGAGCCAGGAGGCAUUUAUUAUCGCACAACAAGCAACUGACGAAAAAAACAACAGUAUGCAGUUCUACGACUUGCAGAAAAUACUAAGAAAUAGACCACCUGCACUCUGAACAUUGUUACACUUUUAUCAAAGCAAACUUCAAAAAAUAUCGUACUCUUGUGCCUACCCAGAACGAAAUCGAAUAUAGCAGAGUCGGCUUCUCCUGCGGGGGUUUAUUGUAUACAUAGAUACACAGCGGGCAUCAGCAACAUCAACGUGGCACUUUUACAUGCAUAUACCGCGGCCCACCGAAUUUCCAUACCCGGCGGCAAUAUAUUUAUAUGCAUCUGCUACGCCAGCAGCUCCUCGUCUGGUACACUGACUUGUUGGUGUAUCGUACGAUCGUGGAGCUUGCAAGAUGUUCUAGCUACUACUGCUUCUUUGCAGACAAUAGAAGUGCCCCGAAUUGGGUGGAGACUAGACACAAUCUUCAGCAGAAUUGAUCUGCACGAACUGAUAUUUCAACUUUUUUUCCAGCACUACUUGUAAAUAUGUACGACCACUGACACAAUAAGUAUAAAAUUUCAGUAGAGUCACCCGUCGAAUGAUUAAAAAGCCUUUCACUUUUUUCAAACUUUUUAGUCUUAUAUCGAAGUCCGCAAAAUCGACAAAACUAAACUGCAAUACUUUUUACUUGACGCUACUUUAGCAGAAAACAGUUUUUCCUUUCGUACAGACACGUACUCAAGUUUUUUCAUGCGUUUUAUCAUUGCGUACCCAAUUGAAGCAUCGAAGCAAAUUCCAAGAAUUUGUCAGGUUUUUUGAUUGAUUUCCAAUACCAAGAAGCAGAUCAGGCCGUUGUCGUCGUCCUCGCAGGAGGACGACGAGAUCGAGAAAAUAGGAUAUUACAGGAAGGGCAAUGACCACUCAGACCACAUUUUUAAAGGUUUCUUGCACAUCGAGCAGAUAAUUCCUUGUUCCGUUCCUCAUGUAGUAUUUGUCAAGAAGUUGACUGUAUGUACCAGGAGGCAUGAUACUCCAUGAAUGCAAUAGAGGUAUUCGACAACAUACACAUCCGAUCAGGGAAAACAAAAAUCAUAACCUCAAUGAUUUGUACAGAAAGUAAAGUGGAGGUGGACAACUCCACGAUACAAAAAA